AUGGUACGGGACCCCUCGAUCCGAGGCGACUUUGUGCUCGUCAAGAUCGACCUCAAAAACGCGUACAACGAGAUCGAUGGUUCGGCGCUUCUCCGCCGCUGCUCGGAGCGGACGCGGCUCUUUGAGCAGCACCACCUCGAGGGGCAGACGUGCCGCGCUGAGACCUCGCGUGGCGGCGACUCGGCGACCGGCACGCAGCAGGGCGGGCCCCCAUCGAGCGGCGCCUUCUGCAUCGCCAUCCAGCCGGAGCUGGCUGCCCUCGACGCCGAGCUGAGGCCGUUCGGUGGCGGGGCUUGGGCGGAGAUGGACGACAUCUUCGCGCUAGGACCGGCGGCCGCCGUCUUCCCGGCGGUCAAGCGCUUCGGCGAGGCGGUCAAGGCGUCGCUCAACCUCGAGAUGCAGGUCUCGAAGCUCGAGUGCUUCUCUCCCGAGUACAACCUCUCGCACUGCCCGUGGCGGGAGGCGUUGGGCGCGCCAGUCGGCAUGGUGCUGGCAGGGUUUGUGGAUGCGUGGUUACGCGCCCAGGUGAGCAGUAUCGAGAGCUACAUCGAGAAGACGGUUCUUUCGCUACGUGCUGCGAGCCCCCACGCGCUGUGGGCCGCCAUCUACUACUCCUGCUCUGCCAAGUUCGACUUCAUCCUCCGGCACCUCCCUCCCGACCAGACGGCGUGCGGCUACGAGGGCGUGCUCUUCGACGCCAUCACCGCGCGGCGGGCUCGCCUGCCUGCGCGGAUGCGCGGCCUCGGCCUGCGCUCGCUCGAGGAGGUGGCGCCGGCUGCGUUCUGCGCCUGCUUUGUCGAGGCGGCCGAGAGGUUCCUCGACAGGUCGACGCCCGGCGGCGGCAGCGAGCGUGGCUUCUUCCAGAUGCUCGCUCCGCUCUUCGGCCACGGCGCCUUCGAGUUGCCGUACCCGAACAGCCCUCGCCUCUCGCGCUUCCUCUCGGGCUGCACCACCAACGUCAACCCGCUCGGCGCGCAACUGGGGCAGCUGACGCCGACGGGCGAGUCCUUCAAGAGGGCGUGGGAGGGCAUGCAACGAGAGGUCCGCGGCUGGAUCCUUGGAUGCUGA